AGCCGGUUCUCUGCUUCCUCCAUCCUCACCCGCCUCUUCUGCAUCCCCGGCACCGGCCCCUCCUCCUCCCGUCUCCGCUCCUGCUCUCCCCGCACAGGGUCUCACCCCUUCCCGCCGGACUGAUUCACCUUCUUCCCCCCCCACCGGAUAAGUAUUAUGUUCAUACAGCGUCUUCAUUACCAACAAUUUUCUAUGGAAAGUAAGGGGUACCGUAUCUCUAUGGCCAGUGGUAAAUGUGACGGCCGGGACGCCUUCAGAGAAGCCUGAUCCAUCAUCCCACUCCAACUGGAAUACUUGAAUAAGGCGCCGGCAGAGUUUAUUUGCCUUGUCUUAUAACUACAACACAUCCCGGACACACUCUAGCUUUUUUAUCUUCUGGCCUUUACACCACUCAAAGCCUCAAGAUGGUUGGAUUCAAACCCACAGAUGUGCCCCCUACUGCUGCGGUGAAGUUCAUUGGCGCCGGUACAGCCGCUUGUAUAGCGGACCUGUUCACCUUCCCUCUGGACACCGCCAAAGUCAGGCUUCAGAUCCAAGGAGAGACCAAGAUGCCCGUCGGUACGAAGGCUGCCCAGUAUAAGGGAGUCUUCGGGACCAUCUCCACCAUGGUCAAAACAGAAGGGCCACGGAGCCUCUACAACGGGCUGGUGGCCGGUCUCCAGCGACAGAUGAGCUUCGCCUCCGUCCGCAUCGGACUGUAUGACUCCGUCAAGCAAUUCUACACCAAAGGGUCUGAGCAUGUGGGAAUUGGCAGCAGGCUGCUAGCUGGAUGUACCACAGGAGCCAUGGCUGUGGCGAUUGCCCAGCCCACAGAUGUGGUGAAGGUGCGUUUCCAGGCUCAGGUGAACGUCUCCAGCUCUAGAAGGUACAAAGGGACCAUGGACGCCUACAAAACGAUCGCCCGAGAGGAAGGAAUGCGCGGCCUCUGGAAAGGUACUGCCCCCAACAUCACCCGUAACGCCAUCGUCAACUGCACAGAGCUGGUGACCUAUGACCUCAUCAAGGACGCUCUCCUGAAAUCCAACCUUAUGAGUGACACCCUCCCCUGUCACUUCACCUCUGCGUUCGGAGCUGGUUUCUGCACCACUGUGAUCGCCUCCCCCGUCGAUGUAGUGAAGACAAGAUACAUGAACUCUGCCAAGGGCCAGUACCAAAGUGCCCUGAAGUGCGCCCUCUCCAUGCUCCGGAAGGAGGGGCCCAAGGCUUUCUACAAAGGAUUCAUGCCCUCCUUCCUGAGGCUGGGGUCCUGGAAUGUGGUCAUGUUUGUGACCUAUGAACAGCUGAAGAGAGCCAUGAUGUCGGCCCGCACCUCCUGGGAGGCCCCGGUCUGACCGCAACAAAGCACCCAUCCGGCAGGUGGUGUGCGUGUUUAGAAUUAGCUGUGUCUCUACCUCUUGUAUUGCUUGCACUGGGUGUUACCUCCCCAGGUAGUCCUGUAAAACAAAGUAUGGAUCUCUUUAUUCUGAACUCUUCUCCUCCUCCCCCCCCCCCCCCCCCCCCCCCUCCCCUUUCUGAUCGGAGUGGAUUAUGCUGCCGUACCCCAGAAGUAGUUCUGAGAUGGCCUGCAAGGCUGUCAGGUGGCAUCUGGCAGUAUCACAUCCGGCAGCCAGUUGGUGCCUGCAGAUAUUGAAGUAGCUGUGGUGCCAAAUGUUACCAACUCCUGCAACUUUUAUUCUACUAAAACUAAGAAAACAGGGUUUUGCUAGAUCCUAUCUAUUAAACCGUAACUUACACCGGCUUUUAGCUCUGUAUUUCUGACUUAUUUUAAAGUAACACUUUUUUAAAAUUGGAAUAAAUAGCCCUCUUAUCCUAUAGAAGUGAGAAUUGCUGCUGUGGUCUUGGAUGUGAUAAUUUUUAAUCUAACUUUCAGUUCACCGGGAGCUAGACCCAUGGAAGUGCCUUGGUAAGGUCACUGGUGAAUGGAUAGUUGGGUAUCAGUGUGUGCCACAAAACGUCUGUCUCCAGUAACUUAAUUACCAUGGGCACCCUGUGCCUCGGACCCGACACAUACAGAAAGUGUCAACCUAUCCCUCAGACGGAGGAGAUGACACCACUGCCUCGUCUGCUGGUUACGUUUAACAAAUGAUGACUUUUAUUUUCACAUCCGUUCUUGCAAAUUGUGUGGUGCCUCAAUGCACAUUUUGUCCUAUCUGUCUCCUAAUCUGGUCUGUGUGGACAAAGCAUGCCAUCAGCAAACGGCAGCUUCUGCUUUUUACUAGUUUCAUGUGAGGUGACAGUCACAUUCCUUCCUCUGACGUGCUCCUUACUCAUCCCCACUUCCUGCCCUGUAGGUGUACAGUGGGAGACUGGUAACUCCUGCCCCAGUCAUCACUCUGCUCGCCCACUUCCACACCCUCUUUUUACUGUAAUAUGACCAAAUAAGCUGUUUACUGGUUAUUUUAUCUUGUCUGUCUUCUGUGUGGAUGACUCUGCAGAACUUCAAAUAAAGUCAAUGAACAAGAA